GGCUUCUGCAGGCAUCCCGUUUGUGGCUUGUUAUGAAGUUCUUGCCUCCUUGGAGUUCGAGACUAGCGAGCCCAGUGGCCCAGUUAUAACGAACGGCUGCCUCGAUAUAACGAUCGUACCUUCCGGAAACGGCGGUCGUCCUCGUACCACUCGUACAUCAGAAGCCGGCAAUCUUGUCGUGCCUUCUCGAGUGUUGUGCAUAAGCUCUACGACCUCCGUGCCAGAGCCUGGUUCUUGUUUGCACUCCACCCGCCAAUUUUGUAGAGUACUUGCGCUUGCGAUUUGGUGUGGCAAUGGUCAGUCACGCGUCGUCUCUGUCUAGCGGCAAGGAGACGCGGGUCGCAAAGCGGAAUUCGCUCACCAUCGAAACCAAGCUGCGCAUGUUGAGCGAGCUCAAAGCGGGCGUCGUUAUGAAGAACGUCGCCCGAAAGUAUCGGAUAGCCAACUCGACGCUUUCGACGAUAAUCAAGAACGCAGACAGGCUCCGCGAGAACUCGGCCUCCGGUCUCGGGAAGCGCAAGCGAUUUCGCCCUCCCGAUUACGCAGACAUCGAAGAGUCCCUUUACAAGUGGUUCGUGAAGGAGCGCGCACAGCACGCCACGAUCGACGGCGCCGUACUACGGGCCAAAGCCCAACAGUUGGCCACCUCCCUGAACUAUGAGAACUUUCAGGCCAGCAAUGGGUGGUUGUCCAGAUUCAAGCAACGCUAUCGCCUGUCGUCUCCCAGGAAGAUGAGCGCAAAACGAGAAGAGCAUACACAAGCUACGGUGCAAGUCCCGGAAGAAUCUUCUGGACGAGUGAACAUUGUGGAUGUGAGCAGCAGUACCGGGCUCCUACAAGACGCGAACACACAGGCGGGUGCUGGUGUUCUCGACACAGGCAGCAGCUUUAUGCCGAGCGUCUUGCUCUGCUUCCUGGACAGAAACUGCGCCCAGACUCAGACCAUCCUGCCUGUGCCAUCCCGCAACGCCUCCACCGACGCGAGAGUGAAGCUCGCGGACAAAGGAUGCAGCACGGCGAAUCUCUAGCCGUCGGCAGGGAGACUCCAACCAUACCACUACCAGCCAAAGAGAAGCCUGGAUCGUUCAUCAGUGCACCCUGUGAUUCCACGUCACCCAAAGGCCAAGGACAUCAAGGCCGUGUUCCAAAUCUCACUCUAUCAUGGGUCCGAGUUACUUCGGCUGAUCGUGUCACGUGACAAUGCAAAUGGAGUGACACUGGACGUGGGUAGGUUUUCGGAAGCCAAGGUGCAGAACCUUUACCCUAGAGCGAGAUAGAGUAAAUUUUGGAACACCGCCCUUAGACUGUCUUGGAACAGCUUUGUGUUCGGAGAGCAUCACGGCUCUCUUAGGGUCCGAGUGUCGAAAUCACUUUUCUUAGAAAGGAGUGCAGCCAGCUGAGUGAGGGAGAUUGGGGAAUAUACUUCUUAAAACAGAAAAUGCAGGACCCUAAUCAUAUCUGCCCAUCUCGAUCGGAAGAAUGCAGACCAUCAAACAAAGCUACCACUUUAUUUCAAAAUGGACAUUGAGCAUAUAAUGUAAAUGUGUUCCCAUCAUGUACAAAAAACUGCAAUUGUUACUUUAACACAGGGGUCGGCAACUGGCGGCCCGCGAAGCCCGUGAGGGAAUAUUAUGCGGCUCCCCGACAAGCCCCACCUCGCCAUCCCACACACACACUCUAGGACUAAUGGCGUAAGAAUUAUUGUUGGUUGUUUAAGCGGACUACCAGGGGAUCAGUUUAUUGUCCAUUAGCAAUUGUUGUGCACCACAGUGAUGCAUUGGAAAUCAAUAGUUAAGGUCGUCGUGCUUAGCAUACUUUUCGUUUGCAAUCGUGGUUCAUAACAUUGUCAAUUUUAAGUUUUUUUUUUUUGUUGUACUCAAGGGCUUGCUAUAAGGAUUUUGACCAAGUGACUGGUCGGAAGUUUAGCAAAAAUCUUAUACUCCAUAUUACAAAGAGAAAUAGACCAUAAGUGAAAUGUAGAGCGCCAUCUAGUAUCGUGCCGAGAACUACGACCACCAUCUUGGUAGCGGCGAGAAAACGAAACCAGUGACCCGACCGGCAAAGGCCCCGUGUAAACUAGCGACUGCACUUCGUACGAAAGAUGCGAUGCCAACGUGUUGCUCCGUUCCGUUUCGGAUGUGGCGAUAAACCUUCGAUUCGUGCGCGACGUGAACGCGACUUUUUGUGUUUCGUUUAUGCACGUUGUAGUGUCGGCCUGCAUUUUUCUUGAUGCACAAGCAGCUCAAUGUAUGCGGACGAGACCAAGGCUGUUAAGCGAGUCAAAAAGAUGACAGUUGUAACGAUCUACGCCACCAACCAUAAUUGAAGAUGCGUAUGGUUAACAGUGAACAACGAAAGCUCAAAGCAUCACAGAGCCCUCAUUUUAAUGUCAUAUAUUAAAAAAAAGAUGAAUUAAUUUGGAAAGCAAGAAAACAAUUGCAUUGCUUGCGAGGAUUUCUAUACACUUCAUCUGCCGUCGGUAAACGAGGUUUGUAAAACACCUGUACAACUGAAUGGCGGAGAGUUCGUUGAUAUAAUGUUCUUGAAUAUUUGAAGUGCGGUCAUGUAGAAUAGAAAACACGACAGACACAGACAAUGUGUCUGUUUGCUCAACACUCACGAAGAUGGGAUUUUGCUGUCUUUUUGUCAAACGCCACGUUCGACUUAGGUUCACUGCAGUGGCUAAAACUUUAAUGUCGGCGGCAAUGAAAACUUACGUUGUGGACGUCGAAUGGAGCAACACGGGCGGUGCCAACUUGGUUUCAGUCUCCUUUUUUUUUUUUGUUGUUGUCACAGUUUAGGUAAAAUUUUUGUUUAGUACAAAGAAGCUCGGGGGGUAGUUUUGAGAAAGUCAGUGCAGUUAUUGUGCCAGGGUAGAACAAAUCAUCAUUAAUAGCACAUCCGUCAACUGUGCUUGAUGUCAUUGCCAUCUGAAACCAAUUUGAGCUCUUUGCAAUGCCUGACAAAUAUUGUUUAGGGCACGGUUUCCUUUAAAAAAAACAGCUUUCCACGAACAAAACCUUUUGCCAGUAACAACUAAAAAAAAAUAUAUCUAACCUUGAAUCACAUAUAUUGGCGUGAAGUGGUCUACCGCUGAACAGUACGACUUCCUGUGUAUUUGCAUUGAAAAAAGAAUCAGAAGUGUCCUCAGAGAUGAAAGGCAUGACAGUCUAGUUCUUUGUCCAUGUUGGGUGAUAGAAAGUCAGAAAACAAUGAAGUUUCCGAAUCGCUCUUAGUGGCAUACCCUGGAAAUGCUGAGAAACCGAAACUCAAGAUUCUUAACACUACCAAGAUGGCCGCGUGCACAGUGCUGCCAGACCACCAAGCAGUUUCGGAUAUCAUCUAUUGGGACGGUAACAUUUUAAGUUUGUCUCGGUCCUUGGUGUUUGGAAUCGGAACUGUGCGUGCGAGUAGUUUUGCUAGAAUGAUGGAGGCAGAACCUGCAGCUUCAAGAGCCACACAUAAUAUAGCCUGCAGCAGUUUACUUUGCAUUUUGUCCCUUAUUUUUGUUAGCCGAUUGCCUCCCACUGAUACCGUCCCCCCCUUCCCCCCCCUUUCCCUGAUUUUUACCCGGCCCACUCUGUCUCCACUCUGCGACAAAUUGGCCUGUGGCAGCGAAAGGUUGCCAAUUCCUGUUCUAACAUAUGUAUAUGCAGCGUUUACAUGCUCUUCAGGACAUCAUUUGUGUGCCUCGUUCUCUUUGGUCUAUAGUCAGCGACAGGCUAGGAGUUCAGGAGAAACUCCUCCAGACUUUUUUCCCUUUAGAAGAGUGAAUGCUGGAGGGGGGGAGACCUCUCCAGCGUUCAUUCUACUGAAGUGAAAGGGGUAGGAGGAGUUUCCCCUGAACUGUUAACCCCUCGCCAACCAAAGAUGAAAUUUAGUUUCUUUCCUUCUUUUUAUGUAAAUGUUUCGCGUAGAACCAACCUCAAAAUGCAAGACACGUGGAGAGUUUUCAACAAGUAAUAGAGCCGCAAUCGUUACUCGAGAUAAACUCGAAUCAAAGUUACAAACCCAGUUGCAUGUCUGUUGAAAUGUUCUGGUUCCAGCAAUACGUAAAAGCCAACAACUCGCAAAACAUUAGGCGCCAUGAAGACCGUGGACGAUGCAAGUGUCACCUCGCCAAUCGGCGUACAACAGAGGAAAGAUUGAUCCAGCCAUCACAUUUCAAUAUCGACACACUGCCUGUAAUACACAUUGAGGCAGCAACAUUUAUUGUGUACCAAAAGAAAGCUCGUCUUUAGUUUGUUGUUCCUUAUACAAUUUACACACAAAACUUGUCAAACAAUGAGGAAUUUUUUUUAAAUAUAUAUAUAAACUUAAUUUUAAGUGAUUGUAACUGCCCCGAGUUGCCCGAAAAAUGUAGCCACCAAAUUUUUAUUGUGACCUCGGGGCACAAGUUGCUGAAAUAGGAACUACAGUCGGGCCCGGUUAUAUUGCGCCUGGGUAUUUCGAAUCAUUUAUAUCGAACAGUCCAAACAACCACAUGUAAUAGUAUAGGAGCAUUGUUUUUUUGUGUUGAACUCCCAUAGCGGGGUGCGGGGCUGGAAAACCACCAAGCCAGCAUACGCACACAAAAUACACAGCAAAAAAGCAGUUGUAAAAAAAAAAAUAAAAAAAGGUUUUUUUUAAA